AUGGUGGCCAAAAUAAAGAACCUUCGCUUCUUAGGAAAGUUUGCUACCCAUCAUGCAAUCAAAGUGAACACGGAGAAAGGCGGACAAUAUUUGAUUGAACGUACGUCAGAUAAAGAUCCUAAAGAUCCUAAAUCCACGGAUGGCAAAUGGAAACUUAAGGAGUUUCAUAAUUGUAAAGAUGGUACUAUUACACUCGAGCAGGACAAAAAAGAUGAGUUCGACAAAAAAGCAUAUAAUCUUCUGACCGCCAAUUGUCAACAAGCUACCAAAAAAUCCAUUAGUCAAAUUCUGCUUAUUCCGAUAUAUGGACGACCUCCCAAACUCAAGCAUCGACCUCCCGAACUCGAGCAUCGACUUCUCAAACUCAAACAUCGACUUCCCAAACUCGAACGCCAACAUCCCAAACUCGAGCAUCGACCUCAAGGCAAAAAAGAAAGUAAUACUCCUAUAAAUUGA